CAAAAUCUUGGUAUUCUUGAUCUAACAUUAAAGUACAAGUACUAAUCCUUUCCUUAAACAUAUCUACUUGUAUGCCAAAUUUAGACUUAGCAACCACAAUCACCUCCGUAUCUGAUUGGUUAAAAGUUUGUUGUAAUGUAAAGUUUUUAACUUGAUUUUUUGUACAUUUGACAUUGUUAAACAGAACACGAUUGCCAAAGAGAAAUUAUCAGUAUGCAUGCAUUUUAUGUUUUGUUUGCUGUUUGUAUCUGUCAAAGAUUUAUUGCUGUCAAUGCAGAACUCUGCAGAUGUGCAAAUGGUCUACCAGGAAGAGAUGGUCGUGAUGGGCUCUCUGGACGAGACGGAAGAGACUGUAAUAUAACCAUGGCAACGUUAGGCUUCACUGGUGGCGUUGGUGCAAGAGGUCCACCUGGAGCAAAUGGUAUUAACGGAUCACCUGGACCACAGGGUCCACCUGGAGCCCAAGGUAAUAGAGGGCCAGAGGGACCAAGAGGUGAUAGAGGCCCCCCAGGAGGUGGUUCCGGUGGGAUGAACAAACAGGAAGUGGAACGGAUGGUAGAUGACAUUUUACGCAGCAAAGGUGUUGGCGUAACCACAACAGGAAAUGUUGGCGUUGGGGCGUUGAAGAGAAUUUCGGUUUGUACUAAUUUAGCAAGAGGUAUCUGCGGAGAUUGUCAGUGCAGAGAUAGAAAUUACGCAGAUGAAUUUUUUAGCAGGGGAUAUUACUGUGAUUGUCAAAAUCUCAAGCCCGAGCGUGAUUGCAUGCAAUUUCGCAGGAAUGGUCACACUAAGGAUGGCAUAUAUCUGAUCAAUCCAGGAAGUGUUCAUCCGUUUCCGGUAUAUUGUGAUAUGACCAUAGAUGGUGGAGGUUGGACUGUCUUCCAAAGACGUAUUGACGAUACUGUUGACUUCAAGCGAGAUUGGUUCUCAUACAAAAACGGAUUUGGAAAUUUGCAACACGAGUUCUGGUUGGGACUUGAAAAUAUUUUUCUUGUUCAAUUAUAUGAUGAUCGAAGAGGCAGCGAAUUGAGAAUGGACUUCACAGAUAAAGAUGAUAAUAAGUACUACGAAAAAUAUGGUGUGUUUGAACUUGGUGAUGAAAGCACAAAAUAUAGAAUCAAGUUGGCCGGCUACAGCGGAAAUGGAGGUGAUUGGAUGAAAUAUUAUAACAACAUGAAAUUCUGCACAUUUGACAAUGACAAUGAUGCUUACUCGGGUGACAGCGCUUUAAAUUACGGAGCGUUUUGGCAUGGUGCUGGCUCUAGCUAUCCUUACAAUCCAAAUUAUCCUUAUUCAUUUGUGCAAAAGUUUUCCAAAGGAACCUAUCAACCUCAUGUGAAAGCUUUUACAGCUGCCAUCGUUGGAACCACCAAAUAUGUUACUCGAGUCGAGAUGAAAAUCAGGAGAAAAUAAAGAUGUGAAAUUUUCAAAUAUAUAUGUACGACUAAAUUAAUUUCAAUUUCGAUUCGUGCAUGGUCUAAUUGUUUA